UUCGUGAUACUCGCGUACGUUCUCCGCUCGUUCUCAUUCCGAAAAAUGAUGCUCUGUGAAAGCUCGGUGAGGUGGCCGUGGGCCAGUUGGUUUCUUCUUCUUCUGGCGUUGGUCACGCUGAGUGGACCGCUUGUGUCGCCAGGAUUGGCAGCGGACGCUCCGGGAUACUGUGAUCCGUCGCUGUGCUACUCGAACCACACGCAUAUCGCGUGCGCGAAUGGAACGGACGCACCGGAGGCGUUCGGUGAGCUUUGCCCAACGACCACGGUCCAGCUGGUGACGAUGGAUGACGCCCUGAAGGAGCGCAUCCUGAAGCUGCACAACGGAUUACGGGCCGAGCUGGCCAGUGGCAAAAUGGAAGGAUUUGCGCCGGCGGAACGGAUGGCCGUUUUGGAGUGGGACGAUGAGCUGGCGAAGCUGGCCGAGUACAAUGCCCGCACCUGUCUGUACUCGCGGGACGAGUGUCGCAACACGCAGCGCUAUCGGAACGUGGGCCAGAACAUUGCCCGGAAGUCGAGACCCGGCAACGUCACCAUCGAUCUCGAGCGAGCCAUUUCCGAUCUGACCAACAAGUGGUGGCAGGAGUACGUCGAUACCAAUCAGACCGUCAUGGAUGACUACCGGCAGGUCGGCGAAGGCGUGCACGUUCUGCACUUUGCCCUGAUGGCCAACGAUCGCGUCACGAAGGUCGGCUGUGGGGCAACGCGCUACUACAACGAGCUCAACAAGCGCUCGUACGUGUACUACGUAUGCAAUUACUCGCAGAACAACGUGCUCGGCCAGCCCGUCUACCGGAAGGGCACCAAGUGUGCCAAGUGUGGCACACCGAACGUGUGCAGUCCCACGGACGACGGGCUAUGUGCCGGUAUUGGCGAUACGAUCGAUAAGGAGCUGUAGCUGACGUUACCCUCCCGAUAGUAGAACCGCAAACGUCAUUCAGCUGCGUGCAGCAUAUCUCGCUAGCUUAAUAAUAAAAAAAAACGAAGUGACACUAUUUAUUCCAACACCCGCGCCCCAGUUGCAGGAACCCUAUGUCCCACAUUUCCUUACCCCUGAACCACUAUCGUUGUCAUGCAGGCUCUGCAUCGUUGUUUUGCAAUGUUUUUUUUAUUUCGUGUUUUACUUUUGAUUUCCCCCCGCGAAAACCGAUCCGAAACUCAAACACGACCACAGACCACAAGCAUCAGCGGCAAAAACCGCAAAAGAAAAGUGUCCAAAUCACACUUCCGAAAGCACACAAUCACUGGAUAGGCAGAGGAUUCUACCCAUCUGGAUUUGACAUUUGACUUUCACCGGCUCGCGGCCAUGGCUGGUGUGCCGGAGCCCCCGGAGCGAAAACCGCGGGAAUCUGUGUAGAAUGUUUAUCGGACGAUAGUUUGACACCUUUGGUGGUGCUGGUGAUAAAUGAUUUCGCUACGCACAAGUCAUUCAAAUGACACACGAUUCCGAUGCGAACGGCGGAUUGUUGAAUGUCGAUUUAGAAUCUUGGGUGUUUCGAGAGGUGCUUUGAGACUGACAGCUUCCUGUCUUCUUCAUUAGCUUGCUAGUUAUGGGUGUUUGUUAUCGCGCGCGUUUUAGAGUCUUUUUUAGAGAUGCCGAGAGAGGCUACUGUCAUCUUCAUUCGC